ACAUAAACAUAAAAACAAACACACCGUGACACUGCAAGUAACACACUAUCACUAGAGUUCACACGCCAUCUUGUGGUCAAACGAAUUUUCCACAUUGCAGGAAAAAUAUUGAAUAUUGUGAAAACUCAUCACUGUUGUGAGAUAUAUCUUGAUAUAAAAACGUUAAACUCGAUCUAAACGAUAACUAAUAAAUGAGUGUAGGCUAGAAUCAACUUGUGUGCUAAGUCGAACAGUAGACUGCAUUUUAACAAGCAUACUCUUGAGUUUUCCAGUCGGCUAGGAUGAAGUCCUGUACUGCUGCAGUGCGAACGGAAAUUUUAACAGCGAAGACUUUUGAUUUAAAAAAAAUCCUCAAUCAACGUGAAAGUGCAAAAAUGUAACAAAACAAAACCAAAAAAGUAAUAUGUCUACUAGGUACUCGGGUAAAGUUAUAUGAUCAAUUCGCAACCAGUCUGGACGCUUCAGAAACCAGACUACCUCCGUUCAGCGAAUAGUUACUUUCACAUUCGGUUACCACAUCGCUUGGCUGACAGUUGGCUACACCUUGAAGGCUAAGCUAGUGUUAUCUGUAAGUCGUUGGAGAAAACUUCAAAACUCGUCUUUCAUUCAUCUACUGUAGUGCACAGUGACCAUAUGGCGAAGAAGAAUGACAGCUCUCAGGUAGUAAGCUGUCUCAACCAUGAUCAAAGCUGUGGGGAUGACGUCCCAGGUGCCAGAGACUCGGACGAGCAGAAACUCAAGACGAACAGUGACCGACAUCGAUCGCUGAUAGACUUUUCUGAUGAAGAGACCAGCACCAGCUUUGUGAACCCCACUCCUUCAGAAGUGGAGCCUAGAGCAGUGGGUGCCUCUGGUUCCAGGGGUGGGGGUGGAGAGGAGGAAGUCACUUCAGGAAGCAGAGAGGACAGCAUGAGAAGUGAGACUUGGGCCACCAGGGAGGAGCUCAAGUCAUGGCAUCUCAGGAGAGCUCAGGACUGCAAAGUAACAAUGGGCCCUCUGCGUUACGGUCCAAGUCACACGAUACUGAUCGAUGUAAAGGAUUUCAACCAUGACGGAAAACUAAAUACAGUGGAUGGGAGGCCACAGUGGGAUGCCGCCCAUGUGAAAAUGCCAUACUCCAAAGAAAACAUCUUCAUGUCCAAGGGAUUUUUGCUUGGGACUGACAAACAGCCUCGCUGGAACGUCAUCUCCAAACACCUGAAGAAGCUGCACAAAGGCUCACCCACUGUGGCUGAUAUUGAGAAAGCCAUUAUGUCAUACAACCCACAGUACCAAGACUCAUGGUCCUUUGCAGGACUUCAGAGAUACGUACAGACAAUUCCGAAACAAGAGUCUAUCUUCUCCAAGGUCAUUCCCAAAAUAGCAGAGUUGGCUCUAAGGCUGCCAGAGUGGGUUAAAAGGGCCAUUCCUCUGCUUCAGCGGGGCAGGAGCCAUGCCAUCACUCUCUCCCAGAUGCAGAUCGCCGCUCUGCUGGCCAAUGCCUUUUUUUGCACUUUCCCCCACCGCAACACCACCUCUAGGAACGCAGAAUAUGCCGAAUACCCCACCAUCAACUUCAGCAGUUUAUUUGGCAGUACCUCUCCCAUGGUGAUGGAGAAACUGAGAGCUAUCCUUCAAUAUUUCAACACUGUCACAUGUGAAGCCUCCCGGCCAUCUGGGUUGGUUACCUUUCAGAGAUGCUGCAUCCCAGAUGCCCAACUUCCAGACUGGAGAGGGAAGGACGAACUCCUGGGAAAUAUCCGUGUUACAUCUGAGGGGACCAUUGAAAAGGAGGGCAAAGGCUUGUUGCAGGUGGACUUUGCCUGCAACCUGGUGGGGGGAGGGGUUCUGAGCUCGGGGCUGGUCCAGGAGGAGAUCCUCUUCCUCAUGAACCCAGAGCUGAUAGUGGCCAGGCUCUUCACAGAGAAACUCAACGAUAACGAGUGCCUCAGAAUCAAAGGAGCUCAGCAGUACAGCGAGUAUUCAGGCUACAGUAAGAGCUUUGAGUGGUCAGGUUCCCACCGCGAAGUCCUGCCGAGAGAUGACUGGAGGAGGCUUCAGCGUCAGAUAGUCGCCAUCGAUGCUCUCAACUUCAAACACCCGAACGAGCAGUACCAGAAAAAUAAAAUAAAGCGUGAGCUGAACAAGGCUUUCGUUGGGUUUAAAGAGGAAGACCAUUCUCCCAAUAAACUCCCAGAAAUUGCCACUGGAAACUGGGGUUGUGGGGCUUUCCAUGGAGAUCCCAUCCUCAAAGCUCUUAUUCAGAUGAUGGCUGCUGCCGUGGCGAAGAGAGACCUGGUCUUCUUCACUUUCGGAGAUAAACACCUGGAGAAAAAUUUGCGCAAAAUACACACAAUUCUCACAGAGCACAAACUCGCAGUCGGAGACAUAUACGUCAUGUUGGAGUUCUACUGCGUUGAAAGAGCACGCAAACAGGACCUGGAUCUGUGUUCAUACAUACGGACUUACACGAGGAACAGUCCCCUCUGAAUAGAUCGGAGACCUGCUAAGCCUGAUGCCAACCUCACAAAGCCACGUAAUGCACUACAGAACCGAUUGAUUGACACAUGCCUUAUUUAGUCUGGACAUGUUUGAAGGAGACCUGAAUGCACAGACAUAAUCGUUAUGUAUACUAUUUACAGUGCAAUGGGUCAUGAUUAAAGAAAGUCUUAAAUGUAA